CAUUCAUCAUUAUUAUUAUUACCUUUAUCAUCUGAUUCAUCGCAUUGUAUCGCAUGCGUUGUGCAUUCGCCGCAAAAAAAAUUGUUGUUUUUUGUUUUUGUUUUUUUUUCGACUGUGAUUGAUAUUAUUAUUAUUAUUAUUAUAAAUAUAUUAUGGCAUCAUCAUCAUCAUCAUCAUCACAAUAUUCUGAAAUGGUCAACAACAACAACAACAAUAAAUCAAUGAUUCUUAAUGAUAAUAGUCGUUCAAAUGAUAUGAAUAAUACCUAUCAAAAUAUGAAAUGUGAACCAGAAGAUAGCCGUUCAAGUGGUGCUGAAAAUAGUAUCGGUGGUGAUGAUCCUGAAACAGAAUUUAUUAGUGUACCAACAUCACCAAGUGCUGUUGUUGGUAUGGGUAUUGAUUAUAAUUCACCAUAUAAUUCUGGUUCAGAAUAUCAAAUGAUUGUACAUAGUCCUAAUGAUAAUGAUGGUGGUGAUGGUGGUGAUAAUAAUAAUAAUGAUAAUUUAGAUCUUGGUGGUGGUAGAUCACCAUCACCGUCAUCAUCAUCACAUCAUAAUAAUAAUUCUAUUAAUCUUAACACCACAACCAUCAAUAAUAAUAAUAAUAAUAACCAAAAUGCUAAUCAAUCAACAACAACAUCAUUAUCAUCAUCAUCAGCAACAAUAACCGAUCGAAAAUCAUUUGAAUUUUGUGUUGUUUGUGGUGAUAAAGCAUCAGGUCGUCAUUAUGGUGCAAUAUCAUGUGAAGGUUGUAAAGGUUUUUUUAAACGUAGUGUAAGAAAACAAUUAAAUUAUGUUUGUCGUGCAAAUCAAGAAUGUGAAGUAACCAAACAUCAUCGUAAUCGUUGUCAAUAUUGUCGUUUACAAAAAUGUAUACAAAUGGGUAUGCGUGCUGAUCAUUGUCAACCGGAACGUAAACCAUUAGUUUUAGAUAAUAGUUCAACAACAUCAACAACAGCAGUAACAAAUUUUGCUACAUCAACAACAAUGACAAAUACCGGUAGUAAUAAUAAUUGUUCAAUAUUGAUGCCAUCACAUCAACAACAACAACAAAAUCGUUCGACAACUCAUCAUCAUCAACAUCAACAACAAUCAUCAUCAUCAUCAUCACAUUCACAUUCGCCUACACCAAGAAAUGCUUCAGCUGCUGCUGCUGCGGCUGCUACUGCUGCAAUGUUACGAAAUUGUUCAACAACAUCAACAAACGCAACAACAGCCGCAGCAGCGGCUGCAGCAGUUCAAGAAAUGAAUAAUUUAUUAGAUAAUAAAGCAGCAUUAUCGAUAAUUGAAGCAACCGCUUGUGUACAAAAUCCAAAUUCAACAUUGAAUUCACAUAAAAAUAAUGGUGAUCUUAAUACAUUGGCCAAUGUUGUUUCUAAUUUGAUUGCCUUUAAUAAACAAGUUAAUCAAUCCAGUCAACAACAGCCAAUGAUAGUCAAUACUACGACGUCGGCAACAACGACAAAUACAUCCGACCAACAUCAUCAUUCUCAUCAUCCGCAUCAUCAACAUCAUCCACAUCAUUUACAGUCAAAUCCAACUAUAGAAAGGUUAUGGAAAUCUGAUAUUGAUGAUGAUUUAAAUACUGAAGAAUCACAUUCGGAAAAAAGUAUCUCUGCCAAAGAUAAUAUUAUUAGUAGUGAUGUAAAUUCUGAACAACGUUCUGGUCAACAACAACAACAACAACAAAAUUUAUUAAUCACUAAAGCUGCAUUUGAUGCUAUGGCUAAAAUUGUUUCUGGAAGUAAAAUUUCAUCUGAUCAAGAAUCAUUAUUUUUAUAUGGUGCAAUGGAUGCAUUUGGUUGUGUUAGUGGUGAACAAGAAAAUUGUAUCGAUUUUGAUGGUCCAAUAAUUGGUGAACAACAUUUCCUAUUCAAUUUAGCACCACCAAUGGCACCAAAUUCAUUUAUGUCAUUACAAUAUAUUUGUGAAUUUGCAUCACGUUUAUUAUUCCUAUCGGUACAUUGGGCACAAUCGAUUGCAGCUUUUCAAAAUAUGACACAUGAUAUACAAACAUCAUUAAUACGUGGAUGUUGGUGUCAAUUAUUUGUACUUGGUUUAGCACAAACAUCACAAGUCAUGUCAUUAGCAACUAUUUUAUCAGCAAUUAUAACACAUUUACAAACAACAUUACAACAAGAUACAUUAUCAUUACAACGAAUCAAACAGGUUACUGAUCAUAUUUGUAAAUUACAAGAUUUUGUUAAUACAUUUCAAAAAUUACAAGUUGAUGAACGUGAAUAUGCUUAUCUAAAAUCAAUAAUAUUAUUUAGUCCGGAAAAUGUUGUCGGUAUUAGUAGCAUAAGCCAAAGACAGAUUGAACGUUUUCAAGAAAUGUGUGCUAUUGAGCUUCGUAAUUAUGUACAACAACAACAACAACAAUCAAAAAAGAUUGAAAAUUUAUCACCAUCAUUGUCAAGACAAACAACAACAACAACAACAACAUUAGAUCGUUAUUCAAGAUUAAUAUUACGUUUAAUACCACUUCGUUCAUUGAUGCCUUCAUUAACUGAAGAUUUAUUUUUUUCCGGUUUAAUUGGUAAUGUUCAAAUUGAUAGCAUUAUACCAUAUAUAUUGGAUAUGGAUGCUAAAGAAUUUACUAAUCAAUUUCAAAAUAUAACAACAACAACAACCUCAACAUCAACAUCGACGAUAACACCAUCAACAACAUCAAGCGGUAGUAAUCGAUUAAAAUCUUCAACAACAUUAUCUUCAAAUACUACGAAUACGAAUAAUUCACGUGCUGAAUCGCCUUCAAAAGCCUAGCUUUGAAAAAAAAUAUUUUCAUUUUGAUUUUGUUUUCGAAUAAUUUCUUCUUCAUUUUUUUUUCACCCGGUUCAUAUUCUUGUUUUUUUCCAUUCUUAUUCUUAUUUUUUC